AUGAGGAGGAAUUUUUUGAUCGUAACCGUUCAGGCUAUAAAGGAGUCCUGCGUAGAAAUGUUUAUAGUAAGCAUUAGUAGAACUCGGUACACAAAUCUAAGGAAGGAACUACGAAAACGAAACCUCGACUCAAGAGGAGCGAAGACAGUUUUGAUAAACCACCUAAGGAACGCUCUGAUAAACAAAGUUAACGAUCCUGAGGAGUUUGAUUUUCCGGAUCCUGUGGAAGAACUGAUAACUGAAUGGAUAGCCAAAUUACGAGCAGCCAAUGGAAGAACAAUACCUAACGAAAUGACAAUCGAAAACAACACAGAAAUGGAUUUGGACAACAAACCGGAGGAGCGAAAAAUGUGCCUUAUUAUACCAGCAACAGCUAGACAAGAUCCUGACAUUAUCCUACCAGCUUAUUUAUCUACGACUGCGACACACGUGAUAUCUGCGACGCACGUGUUAACUAUGAUGCACGUGAUAUCUGCGACGCAUGUGAUAUUUGUGACGCACGUUAUAACUGCGACAAACGUAAUAUCUGCGACGCACGUGAUAACGGCGAUGCACGUGAUAAUUGUGACGCACCUGCUAUCGAAGACGACAAUGAAGAUUUUAAACAUAUUCGAGAAGUUAACAGCGACGAAGACAUGGAAACUUUUGAUAUGCAGCAACAACGAUUUAAACGCAACACUCACCAACUGUUCAACCUUUGAUGAUGAAUUAGAUAAGACGUUAAUCUGGGAAAGCAUUAAUCUAGAGAUUAACGAUGUCAGUGAAGACGAUUCUAAUGCUAAUGCGAGUAUACACACCGAACACAGAUUGGCGACAGAUGAUGUUUUUGAUUUUGAGAAAACCCUUCCAGUACUCGCUUGGAAUGAAUGCUUGAUCCUUGUCUACUUGGACGAUGACAUCAACGAUGGUUUCAUUGCUGAUGAGGAUGAGUUUUUCAUUGCUGUAUCAGUAAUCGAAAGAAAAGAUGUCAGCGACAAAUCUUACAACAUGCAUCCAAGAUACCCGUCUGGUCAUUCUACACCUCGUAAGCACAAUAGAAAGAUAUUACUUGCUCUAAGUGCCAACAAAAUCAAGAAGGGACCAGGACGGCUACCUAUGACUAGAGAAACCGAAACAGGGGAAAUGCGGUAUGACCUGAAAAAAAUAACUCAGGAAUUGGAAGUUCGAAAUUACAAGAUUAUUAACAAGAUAAAUGACGUGAUCUACAAGACCUGUGGUCAUAGAAAAAAUGGACAAAGAUGA